GUUUGUUUUAUUAUUUUAUUAUUAUUAUUAUUAUUCUUUUAUGUAAAGCACUUUGGUCAACUUCUGUUGUACCUGUUGUAUGUGCUUUAUAAAUAAAUUGAACAUUAAUGCAUUCAUUUAAAAAUGUGUAUAUUCAAUUAUCUGUAGUUUAAACUUCUAUUUACUUUUUUCCCAUCCAAAUGUGAAUUGAAUGUGUAAAUAUCUCACUACUAGAGGACAAACACUCACACUGGAUUUGAUGUUGAAUUAGUUUAGUGACACACAUCAGAGAGAUUUGAUCCGUUAUUCUCUGAUUUCACCACAAAAUUUCACUCAUAUUUAUGCAUUUAUGGCAGAGCAUUUUCACAAAGGUUUGGCUACUCGAGACUGUGACUUUCUGUAUGAGACUGACAUCUAGUGGACAUGUUUAUUAUAUGACUGACACACCAGUUUGCACAUGUUUCAAACACAACCAGGAAAUAGUUUGAGUUCAGAGAAACUGAAACUGUUGGGCUGUUGUUUAUUUCUUUCUUUCUGUGAGUACAUACAGUGAAAUGGCAGAAGCCAGUAUUUUAGUGGAUCAGGAUCAGUUCAUCUGUUCAAUCUGUCUGGAUCUACUGAAGGAUCCAGUGACCAUUCCCUGUGGACACAGUUACUGUAUGAGCUGUAUUACAGACUGCUGGGAUCAAGAUGAUCAGAAGAGAAACUACAGCUGCCCUCAAUGCAGACAGACCUUCAAUACAAGACCUGUUUUAAAUAAGAAUGUGGUGUUUGCUCAGAUGGUGGAGAUACUGAAGAAGACAAAACUCCAGAUUGAUCGACCUUCUCCCAGUUAUGCUGAAGCUGGAGAUGUGAAGUGUGACGUCUGUACUGAGAGAAAACACAAAGCUGUCAAGUCCUGUCUGGUGUGUCUGAACUCUUACUGUCAAAAUCAUCUUGAACAACAUGAGAAUUUAUUCAAAGGCAAGAGACACAACCUGAUAGAUGCCACUGGACGACUUCAGCAGAUGAUCUGCCCACAACAUGAGAAACUUUUAGAGAUUUACUGUAAAACUGAUCAGCUCUGUAUAUGUUAUCUGUGUAUGGUGGAUGAACACAAUGAACAUAAAACUGUAUCAGCUGCAGCAGAGAGGACUGAGAAACAGAAAGAACUGAAGGAGACUCAGAGUAAAUACCAGCAGAGAAUCCAGGAGAGUCAGAAGAAGCUUCAGGAGCUGAGAGAUGCUGUGGAGACUCAUAAGCGCUCUGCACAGACAGCAGUGGACGACACUGAGAGGAUCUUUACUCAACUGAUCCAAACCAUUGAGAGAAGACGAUCUGAGGUGACACAGCUGAUCAGAGAUCAGGAAAAGACUGCAGUGAGUGAAGCUGAAGGACUCUUGAAGCGACUGGAGCAGGAGAUUGAUGAUCUGAGGAGGAGAGACGCUGAGCUGGAGCAGCUUUCACACACAGAUGAUCACAUCCAUUUCCUCCAGAGUUUUCAGUCUCUCUCUGUUCCUCCUGGAUCUUCAGACUCACUCAGCAUCACUGUCAGCUCUCUCAUCUCUUUUGAUGAUGUAAGAAAAUCUGUGUCUCAUCUGAGAGAGAAACUGGAGCAUUUCUGUAGAGAAGAGAUAGAGAAGAUAUUUUAUAAAAGUAAAGCACCUGAACCAGAGACCAGGGAGCAGUUGCUAAAAUAUUAUCAUCACUUCACUGCAGAUCCAAACACAGCAAAUAAAUAUCUCUGUCUGUCUGAGGGGAACAGAGUGAUUACUAAAACUAACCCAGUCCAGUAUCCUGAUCAUCCAGACAGAUUUGAUGGUUAUCCUCAGGUGUUGUGUAGUGAGAGUGUGAGUGGACGCUGUUACUGGGAGGUUGAGUGGAGUGGUCGGGUGUUUAUAUCAGUGUCAUAUAAGAGCAUCAGCAGGAAGGGAUUGGGUGAUGAGUGUUUGUUUGGAUGUAAUGAUCAGUCCUGGAGUUUGUGCUGCUGUGACUCCAGUUGUUCAUUCAAACACAAUAACAUUGAAACUGAACUCCCUGUAGUGCUCAGAUCUUCUAGAAUAGGAGUUUAUGUGAAUCACAGUGCAGGAUCUCUGUCCUUCUAUAGCGUCUCUGACACAAUGACCCUCAUCCACAGAGUCAACACCACAUUCACUAAACCUCUCUAUCCUGGGUUUUUUGUUAGAGGAUCAGUGAAACUGUGUGAUAUAAAGAUAUAAAUGAUACAGAGAGUCUUUAAAUGAUUUUGUCAUAUUGGAAAUCUGAACAUGAUGAAUCAACAACAAAGAAAUAAUAAGUCUUUCAUUUACUAAUCAGUAAUUUCAAAUAACUGAUUUUAAUGUUAUAUUUUAUUAUACAACAGUUCUUUCUGGUUCUCGAAUCUGAUUGGCUAAGAGCUAUGCGAUAUUGUGGUGAUAACGGGACAGUACCCGCUUCACCUUUCGUAUCAUUCCGCCACCUAGUGAAUGGAGGUCCUAAACAGGCUCAUCUCUGAAUGGAAAAACACAGACGCGCUGUUUUUAAUCACUCUCCGUGUGUCUCAUUAGUUUACUAGCUCGUAAAUCAGUCUGUGAAUCCCCAAUCGGAAGUUAUUAUUCCGUCAAAGAUCAGCACUCUUUGAUGUUACAUUAAAGUUAAUGGGAGUAAUGUCUUGUCACAUCGUGUGGACGAUUAACACUUGGAAAGAGGAAUAUAAACACUCGUUUUUUUCUGGAGCUAUAUCUCUUAUCAGAACGCGAAAACACUGUGGAACUGCAGGUAAGCACCGCAGCUUUUAAAUGUGGACAUUGAUCAUUUACUUUAUCGUGACGUGACUAUUAAAACAUGUUAUGAGAUAUCGCCACUGGUAUAUUUAUAAGCAGCAUGCAAAAACAUCUCUCUGACACUUAUAAAAAACAGUGUUAUAUUGUACUGACAAGAACAAAGUUUAAUAAUGGUAAAUGGACUGCUUUAUAUAGCGCUUUUAACAGACCUAUGGCCAUCCAAAGCGCUUUACAAGUUGCCUCACAUUCACCCAUUCACUUACACAUUC